ACGCCACCUGGUAACACUAGCCGGGGGUGGCAAUGGGGGUGGUAGAAUGGGAUUGAAUUUUGAUUGCAUUCCAAGGCCGAGCAAUGAAAACUCGCUAAUUGACAGACAAUCUCUUAUACGAAUAAACACUACCCGGUCCUUUUCCACUGUUUACACCCGUAAUCUGCGCGUUAUCAUCAGCUGGAGCUAUUCAGGGACCAUUGCUGAUAACAUGAGUGUAUGAUUACCGCCUGCAGGCCGAGCCGCAUCAAAAUUAUUCCCUCAUUCAUUAGCGGUCAUUCGUCGCGGAAUCUCCACCGUAAAAUAGCCGGAAAAAUGUCGAAGCGGGUGCUAUCCAUCCAGAGUCAUGUGGUCCAUGGCUACGUAGGCAACAAAGUGGCCACCUAUCCACUGCAGUUGCUUGGGUUCGAUGUGGAUCCACUGAACUCCGUGCAGUUCUCCAAUCACACAGGCUACAAGACCUUCAAGGGCCCUGUUUCCAACGAAAAAGAAUUGGCCACUAUUUUCGAGGGAUUGGAGCAGAACGAAUUGCUUCCACUUUAUUCACAUCUGCUGACUGGUUACAUCGGUAAUCCUCUCUUCCUCCGCCAGGUGGGGGUCAUUCUGAAGAAACUACGGGAGGCGAAUCCUGGUCUGGUCUACGUGUGUGAUCCGGUAAUGGGCGACAACGGAGAGCUGUAUGUGCCCAAGGAACUCUUGCCAAUUUACCGGGACGAGAUCAUUCCCCUGGCGGACAUAAUUACCCCGAAUCAGUAUGAGGUGGAGCUCCUCACCGAAAAAGAGGUUCGCAGUGAGGAGGCUGUGUGGGAGGCCAUGGAUUGGUUCCACAAGCGAGGCAUCAAAACAGUUGUGAUUUCCAGCAGCGACCUCGGCCAGCCGGGUGUUCUCCGGGCAUUCCUGAGCCAACAGAACGGACCCCGUUUGGCCAUCGACAUCCCGAAGCAGGGCGGCAAGGAUCUGGUCUUCACAGGCACCGGAGACCUCUUCGCAUCUCUCUUCUUAGCGCACAGCUACGGAUGCGGGGACGUAGCCACCGCCUUCGAAAAGACCAUCGCCAGUCUGCAAGCUGUUAUCAAGAAAACCGUGGCUGCUCUGCCCAAUGGAGGAGAUGGUCCUAUCAAGGCCGCUGAACGGGAACUGAAGCUAGUCCACUCGAAAUCGGAGAUUGAAAAGCCCGAGGUGCUGUUGAAGGCGCAGCGACUCAACUAGGGAGGCAAAGUUAUAUGCUAAAUGAAAUGAAUACCUUAAAUAGCCUACCUUAAUUACAAUGAAGAGAUUCCGUACAGAAGGCUCUUGUAUUCCAAGACGAGCAGCACAAAUCAACGAUUACCUUAAAAAUAAUGCAUAAAUAUAUAUACAAAUUUACACGUUUAUUUUGUUAGAAGAGGACAAUAAUCUUUAUAAUCAUAUCAGCUUAUUAAACCUAUAAGAUGUGUACUCAUUGAUUAAAAUAGUGUGUGUAUUGUCGUGUGUUCUUAAUAUGAUUAUUGUCAACUAAAAAGUUAUAAUCCAGACAUAAAUAUUUAAUUUACGGUGAUGCUUUUGAUACCUUUUUGUGGAACUAUUAUAACUAUUACUUAUACAAAUAUAUAUGACAUUUAAA